AUGCGUCUAUCCAGCUGCCAGUUACUUACCUCUACGGCCACCAUUGGCGUAGUCGUUGGGCAAUCUAUCCUCCCAUCGCCAAACCAUGACAGCACCACCAAGGGGUUCGAAGCUCCCGCAACCGAGUAUCGCCCCAAGUUCAGAUACUGGCUCCCAGAUGCAGAUGUCGACCACGAUAUUCUCAAAAACGAUAUUCAAGACCUCAAGAAACUCGGCGCGGGCGGUCUAGAAUUUGUCCCAUUUUACAACUACGGCUUCGGCGGUGUGAACGAUUCCAAGCUCGAAACAUAUGCCUUUGGUAGUCCUGCAUUCAAGAAUGUUCUGCAAAUUGCCCUUGAAGCCACCAAGUCGAAUGGCUUGUCGAUUGAUGUAGCACUCGGUGCUAGCCAGGGUCAAGGUGUCCCCUCGAAGCCACUCACUCCUGGUCUUGCUAUGCAGCUUGUCUACGGUAAGACUUCUGUGAAAGGAGGAGCCAAGUUCGAUGGGGCCUUGCCUGCAGCCGAUAUCAACUGGAAUAUUAAGAACCCGUACUAUAUUCAUCCCCAGGAAAAAUUUGGCGGUAACCGUCUGAUUGGAGUUUCCGCGGCUGCCAUUGCUUCUAAGAACAUCUCAGGUGACAAUACAUAUGUCUCGCUCCAUGAGAAGUCACUUGUCGACCUCACCAAGUACGUCAAGGAUGGCAAGAUUACAUGGACUGCACCAACUGAUCACAAAGAUGCCACCGGUGCAAAGCUAGCAGCUCGAUUCUGGGAGAAGAACCUACUGUCUACUCAGAUUCGCCAGCUGCUGAAGGAGGUCGGCAAGCACACUUGGGAGGAUAGUAUGGAGAUUCAGGCUUCUCUCUAUUGGUCUCCAGGUUUCCUUGAUCGAUUCAAGACUAAACGCGGAUACAACGUGAUCAAGUAUCUUCCAUUACUAUUUCACAAGUCUACAUCUUUCCAGGCUGCUCGCGCCCCUUACAACACUACCUUCAUCCUUGAUGACAUUCCAGACAAUGGACAGAGCAAGUAUCUCCAGGACUAUCGUUUGACCUUGAAUGAAGGCUACCAAGAGUACUUACAAACAUUUGAGAACUGGGCUGAAUCUCUGGGUCUAUCACACUCGUGCCAGGUUGGAUAUGGCGUUCCUUUGGACGUACUCGCCGAUGUUCCCAUCGUUGCCGUCCCCGAGCUCGAGUCUUUGGGUUUCUUGACGUCCGAUCGGAUGUCCCAAUUCGUCGGUCCCGCGCACUUGGGACGUCGCAACAUCAUCUCCACAGAGAUUGGCGCCGUCAAAUCCGGAGCGUACAGUCAGACCAUCCCCUCUCUCGUCAACCUCUUUCACGAAGCAUUCGUAGGCGGUGUUAACGCCAUGAUGAUUCAUGGGAUGACAUACACUGGAGAACAAGUCGGAUAUACCUGGCCUGGAUUCACGCCGUUCCAGUACUCGUUCACCGAACCUUGGAGCCCCAAGCAACCGGCAUGGAACUAUAUGUCUGCGAUGAUCGACUACACUGCCAGGAAUCAAUUUGUACUACAGAAGGGAGUUGCGAAGAAGGAUCUGGUGUUUUACCUGUACAAGGAUCCCUAUGGCAUGGAGGACCAGUAUAACGGUACCGAUCUUCGUACUCGUGGCUUUACCUAUGAGUACCUGUCGCCGGCCAACUUUGGCUCAAAGGCCUUUAAGGUCUCCAACAAGGUAUUGGACCCUUCUGGUGCUGAGUACCGAGCUCUUGUACUCGACCAGCAACACUUCAUCACUGCCGAAGCAGCGCAAAAGCUUGUUCAGUUGGCCGAUGCAGGGCUCCCAAUGGUCGUCGUUGGAAGUCUCCCUAACACCACCAUCGGAAGCAACGGGCAGGAUGUUGUAUCUAAGAGUAUUGCAAAGCUCCAAGGAUCCAAUCACUCCAACGUCGUUUUCAUCAAAUCAUCGGAUAGUCUACUUGACGCACUCGACAGGCUUUCUGUCCAGCCCCGAGUCAAGACGGGCUCUGAGGCUACGAGGAACCUUUAUACCGUAUUGAGGUCAGACAACGGCUCUGACUAUCUUUUCCUCGUCAACCAAGGCUCCUCGGCAACUUUUGAAAUCACGGCAGAAGUUGAACAAGGCAAGGUCCCUUACAGACUCAACGCAUGGACAGGACAACAAGUUGCCAUGGCAUCUUUCAAGCGGUCCUCGGGCAAGGUUACCUUCGAAGUAUCUCUGAAGAGAGACCAGACGGCGAUUGUUGCGUUCACCAGCGGGAAGUCGAAGACAAGUAUUAUUUCACAGUCCAAGAAUGUCGUCGAUGCCUCCUAUGACUCUACUGGCGAUGAUCUCAUUGUCGUGUUGAAAGAUACCAAAGCGGCUUCCUUGACUCUAUCGAAUGGACAAACAAAGAAUAUUCCCGCAAUGAGUAGCACCGACAAGAAGCAGCUCCUCAACAUCGACAUCAGUAACUGGAACUUGACUCUUGAAUCCUGGGUUCCUGGUCCUGAUGAGACAAAGUCAGCCUCUGUCAAGAAAACGAUGGACCUAGGCAUUCAAAAGACAUUGAAGCCCUGGUCUGAGAUACCUGGAGCGCAAAAUGUAUCAGGAGUCGGUACAUACACAACCACCUUCCAGGUCCCACGAGUCCCAGUCAAGGAUUCCAUCGCCGUACUGCAAUUUGGUCCCGUGCUCAACACCAUUCAAGCAUGGGUCAACGACAAGCAGCUUCCGGUGAUUGACAUUUACGACGCUCAAGUCGAUGUAUCGGAUUAUCUUGUUUCGGGAUCCAACACAAUCCGGGUCGAAGUGGCAUCUACUUUGUUCAAUGCGGUCAAGGCAAGAGUGAAUUAUGUCAAGGCGAAUGGUAUCGGCCCAGCUGCACCUGCUCUGUAUACUUCUGCAGAUUGGCAAAAGCAUGGCUUGGUUGGACCGGUGUCUUUGAAGUCUCUGCGAAAGGUCACUUUGUGA